AUUAGGGAGGAGGAAGUGAUGGCGAUGGCGGCAUUGGGAUCGUGUCCGGCUCCACAGCAGCUACGAUGGAGCAAGAAGAAUCAUCGUCGUCCAAGUAAGGCUCGGGUCACAGCAGUGGCAAUGGCGGCAGCGGCCAGCAGCACCAAGAGCAAGAGCGAUCCGCGAUUGCUGCUACGGGACGAAGACACCAGCGAUUCCAUGCGCGCGCGCUUCGAAGCGAUGAUUCUCUCGGCGCAGGAGGAGGUGUGCGACGCGGUGGAGGCCGUGGAUGGAUCGAAAUUUCGCCAGGAUGUGUGGACUCGGCCGGGCGGUGGCGGGGGCGUGAGCCGGGUAUUGCAGGACGGCAAUGUGUGGGAGAAGGCUGGCGUCAAUGUAUCGGUUGUGUAUGGGACGAUGCCACCCGAGGCUUACCGAGCCGCCAAAGCCGAUACCAGCGUCACCAAGGACAAGGCUGGGAGAAUUCCAUUCUUCGCUGCUGGAAUCAGCUCGGUAAUGCAUCCCAAGAACCCAUUUGCUCCCACGGUUCACUUCAACUAUCGCUACUUCGAGACGGACACUCCCAAAGAUGUGGAAGGUGCUCCUCGCUCUUGGUGGUUUGGAGGAGGAACAGAUUUUACUCCGUCGUACAUUUUCGACGAAGAUGUCAAGCAUUUCCACGAGAUUCAAAAGAGAGCGUGCGACAAGUUUGAUCCCGAGUACUAUCCCAAGUUUAAGAAAUGGUGCGAUGACUAUUUCCUCAUCGAGCAUCGUGGAGAGAGGCGAGGUCUCGGUGGAAUUUUCUUUGACGAUCUCAACGACAGGGAUCCCGAGCAAUUGCUUGGUUUCGCAACAGAGUGUGCGAACUCCGUGGUGGAUGCUUACAUUCCCAUUGUCGAAAAGCGCAAAGACACGCCUUUCACUCAAGCCAACAAAGAUUGGCAACAGCUGCGCCGGGGAAGAUACGUAGAAUUCAACCUGGUGAGUCGAGAAAAUCGAAUCAGCAACACAAUACUCUCUUUACAAUCGAAUCAAUACUCUCUUCUCAUUUCAUUUUCUGUGAAGGUGUAUGAUCGUGGCACUACUUUUGGGCUCAAGACUGGAGGCCGUAUCGAAAGCAUUCUCAUGUCUCUGCCACUGUCCGCUCGCUGGGAGUACGAUCACCAACCUAUUCAAGGGAGCGAAGAGUGGAAUUUGCUCGACGCAUGCAAGAACCCGAGAGAAUGGCUGUGAUAUAUCCGAAGAUCAAAUCACAAAAAAAGGCGAGUUCGCUUUGAUCUUCUUUUUUUUUUCUCGGGAAUGUACUCACUUUUCCAA